CGGCGCCUAGAACCGAAAGGGCAGCGCUUCCAAUUUCCACUUCCCCUGGAGCGGAGUUCUCGGUGGCUGUGAGAUGAAGAAUCAAACUGAGUUUGAUUUUGAAAUGCCCACCGGGUACCGCUUGGAUGCCAAAUCAAAAAUAGGAAUAUGCAGCACGAUUUUGAACCAACUCGAAGUUCCCAAAAGGCGGAAUUGGGAUGUGCUAGAUCGAGACUAGGCACUGGUGGCACCAGAGUUUGGAAAUUGUUGAAGCCCCGGUAACAAAGCAAGAGAUGUGGGGGUUUUGAAAUGUAGCUUUUUAUUCUUGGCUCCUCCCUUUCCAGCCUACACCUUAAACCUCUGCUGAUCCAUCGGUUCUUUUAUCAGAGCUGUUGGUGGUCUGUGCAAAUAUGAAUCCCUUGAGGUGGGUUCCUAAAAAUGAAUUUGAGCUGUGGAAGGAGCUUUAGGGAGCUUUUUGGCUCCCUCUGUUUACAGAUGGAGAAACAGACAAGGAAAGCUAAUUGCCUGAGCUGUCUGUGAAGCCAGGUGUCCUGCCUUGGAGUCCCGUGCUGCAUCAUACGGGUCCAUCGUGUUGGUCAAGCUGUAGAGCAGUGUAAGGAGUCAUUUGAAGCAAAGCCUGGGAGAUGUGGAAGUUCUAGAAUCGUGGUAGAGCUUUGUCUUCAGUAUGGACAGAAUGAGGAGGGAAUGGUAGGCGAGCUUAUAGCCUUCUGCACCAGCACACAUAAAGUUGGCCUUACCUCAGAGAUCCUGAACUCUUUUGAGCAUGAGUUUCUGAGCAAAAGAUUAUCGAAAGCCAGGCACAGUGCCUGCAAGGACAGUGGCCAUGCGGGAGCUAGAGACAUUGUUUCCAUUCAAGAGCUAAUUGAAGUGGAAGAAGAAGAGGAAAUCCUCUUGAACUCUUACACCACACCUUCAAAGGGUUCUCAGAAGCGAGCUAUCUCUACCCCAGAAACCCCCCUAACAAAAAGGAGUGUGUCAACUCGUAGCCCCCAUCAGCUCCUCUCACCGUCAAGUUUCUCUCCAAGUGCUACUCCCUCCCAGAAAUACAAUUCACGAAGUAACCGAGGAGAAGUGGUUACCUCCUUUGGCUCAGCACAGGGAGUAUCUUGGUCUGGGAGAGGAGGAGCUGGAAACAUCAGCCUGAAGGUCUUGGGAUGUCCAGAGGCACUAACUGGGAGCUACAAAUCCAUGUUUCAGAAGCUCCCAGACAUUCGAGAAGUUCUGACCUGUAAGAUAGAAGAACUUGGCAGCGAACUCAAGGAACAUUACAAGAUUGAAGCUUUCACUCCUUUGCUAGCCCCAGCACAGGAGCCUGUCACUCUGCUGGGCCAGAUUGGCUGUGAUAGCAACGGGAAGCUGAACAACAAGUCAGUGAUUCUCGAGGGAGACCGGGAACAUUCCUCGGGUGCUCAAAUUCCAGUGGAUUUAUCUGAGCUUAAGGAAUAUUCUCUGUUUCCUGGACAGGUUGUAAUUAUGGAAGGAAUCAACACCACUGGUAGGAAACUUGUUGCCACCAAACUCUACGAGGGUGUGCCACUUCCAUUUUAUCAGCCCACUGAAGAGGAUGCAGACUUUGAGCAAAGCAUGGUCCUGGUUGCCUGUGGACCAUACACCACGUCUGACAGCAUCACGUAUGACCCCCUGCUCGACCUGAUUGCUGUCAUCAACCAUGACCGGCCAGAUGUCUGCAUCCUGUUUGGCCCUUUCCUGGACGCUAAGCAUGAACAGGUGGAGAAUUGUCUACUGACAAGUCCAUUUGAAGACAUUUUCAAGCAGUGUCUACGAACAAUUAUUGAAGGCACAAGAAGCUCUGGCUCCCACCUUGUCUUUAUCCCGUCAUUGAGAGAUGUGCACCAUGAGCCUGUGUACCCCCAGCCGCCUUUCAGCUACUCCGAUCUGUCUCGAGAGGACAAAAAGCAAGUACAGUUUGUGUCCGAGCCCUGCAGCCUCUCCAUAAACGGAGUGAUCUUCGGCUUGACGUCCACGGAUCUGCUUUUCCACCUGGGGGCCGAGGAGAUCAGUAGUUCUUCUGGAACUUCAGACAGAUUCAGCCGAAUACUCAAGCACAUCCUGACCCAGAGGAGCUACUACCCGCUCUACCCGCCCCAGGAAGACAUGGCCAUUGACUAUGAGAUGUUCUAUGUCUACGCACAGCUGCCUGUCACCCCAGAUGUCCUCAUCAUCCCGUCAGAGCUGAGGUACUUCGUGAAGGAUGUCCUCGGCUGUGUCUGUGUGAACCCCGGUCGGCUUACCAAAGGGCAGGUGGGAGGCACCUUCGCCCGACUCUACCUCAGGAGGCCGGCAGCGGAAGGGGCAGAGAGGCAGAGCCCAUGCAUUGCUGCGCAGGUCGUCAGGAUCUGAGGCUUCUGUCCUCUGCUGUUCUCUGCUGUGUGGGCCCUUAAAGUCUUAGCCAAGAGCCAAGAGCCAAGACGUAGCCCUGUGACAAGGUGAACAGUUGGGUGGGAAAGGAGAGAGGAGCCAGCCAGGGAGGGGCAGCUGCAGUGACCAGGCCCAGCAGGGAGGGCUUGUGCAGCCGGGCCUGCCUGUGAGUGGUGCCUCUCCUGGAAGGAAGCUUUUGCUUCUCAGUCCAUGCUCUGUGUCCAGAAGUAAGCCAGCUAUGGAUCCCGCCCGCUCAGAAAAGGCGAGAAAGCUUCGUGAUUUUCUACAUGAAUCAAACACAGAAACAGCUUUUGGAGAAAUUAAAUUCUGAGUGUGACUUCUGA